GAAACAGGAAUCGAAGUUUUUAUAUAAUACCAACCUCUCUUCAUUAACGUCGUACGUACAAACGAUCAUUCUCUCCCAAGUCCCUCAAAAGUCUCCAAAUUUCAAUCUUCAAUUUGAUUCUUCCCUAUCCAAGGUUCUUUCUCUCUCUCGAUUUUGCAUGUUAUAUGUUUCUUAAUUAGGGUUUUGAUUUUAAUUAGGGUUUAGAUAUUGUUGAGCAAUGGUAGCAAUGUCAUCUCUUCUUGUCAAUGGAAUUCCCCAAUUUCUUCCCCAACCCAUGUCACAAGUUGUCAAUGGAAUUCCCCAAUUUCUUCCCCAACCCAUUUCGGUUAACGUAAAACUUAACCCCAAUUUUUCCAAAUCAAGAGCUUCGGCUUUCAAGGUUAGGGCAAACAGUUGUGAUGAUCACCAAGUUGACAACUUCCUGAAAAGGGAUUAUAAGUGGGGAUUUAAUCAAGAAAUUGACUCAUUUUCGCUACCCAAAGGCCUAACCGAGGAAACUGUUAGGUUAAUAUCUGCAAGAAAAAAUGAGCCUGAUUGGAUGCUUGACUUUAGACUUAAAGCAUAUCACAAGUUUUUGAACAUGAAAGACCCAAACUGGUCUGACAACAAAUACCCAAAAAUAGAUUUUCAGGAUCUCUGUUAUUACUCCGAGCCAAACAAGAAACCAACUAUGAAUAGUCAUGAUGAGCCUACACCUAAGCUACUCGCCUACUUUGAUAGGCUCGGGGUUCCUCUCUUAGAAAACAAGACGGAUAAUGUAGCUGUAGAUGUUGUUUGUGAUAGUGUUUCGAUUGCAACCACUCAUAAGAAGACUUUGGAGGAAAAGUCUGGCGUGAUAUUCUGCGCUAUAUCCGAAGCUGUAAGGGAGUAUCCUGAUUUGGUUAAGAAGUAUUUAGGAAAGGUUGUACCUUCUGAUGAUAACUUUUAUGCAGCCUUGAAUUCUGCUGUGCAUGGGGAUGGUACGUUUGUAUAUAUUCCCAAGAAUGUCAAGUGUCCAAUGCAAAUAUCAACAUAUUUUAGGAUUAAUGCAAAAGAGUUUGGUCAGUUUGAGAGGACAUUGAUUGUUGCAGAAGAGGGUAGUUUUGUGGAGUACUUGGAAGGAUGUACUGCACCCGUUUACGAUACUAAUCAGUUACACGCAGCGGUAGUUGAAUUAUAUUGUCAUGAAAGAGCAGAGAUUAAAUAUCUUACAAAGCAGGAUUGGUAUGCUGGUGACGAGCAUGGGAGAGGUGGGAUAUAUAACUUUGUCACCAAGAGGGGACUCUGUGCUGGGGCCAGAUCAAAGAUAUCUUGGACACAGGUGGAAAUAGGAUCAGCAAUUACAUGGAAGUAUCCAAGUGUUGUUCUAGAGGGUGAUGAAUCAGUAGGGGAGUUUCAUUCGGUAGCACUGACUAAUAACUAUCAGCAGGCAGACACAGGGACAAAGAUGAUACAUAAGGGGAAGAAUACUAGGAGUAGAAUCAUAUCUAAAGGUAUUUCUGCUGUGCAUUCCAGAAAUUGUUAUAGAGGACUUGUGCAGGUAAUGUCAGGUGCAAACGGAGCUAAAAGCUCCUCACAGUGCGACUCCAUGCUUGUUGGAGAUACUGCAGCUGCAAAUACCUACCCAUACAUUCAGUCUAAGAAUCCUUCUGCUCGGAUUGAACAUGAAGCUACAACAUCGAAAAUUGGUGAAGAUCAAUUGUUUUACUUUCAACAGAGAGGAAUCGACUAUGAGAAUGCCAUGUCGGCUAUGAUAGUUGGAUUCUGUAGAGAUGUAAUCGAUGAUCUUCCAUAUGAAUUUGCUUCUGAAACAAAACAGUUGUUGAGCCUGAAACUAAAAGGAUCUGUGGGUUAGGUUCCAUAGCCGCUGGAUGCUUUUGCUGCUGAAGAUGUUAUAGACUGUUUACUUGAUGAUGAAUAUGUGGUCCAAUAGCUGCAUGCGUUGGUUGUGCUCGCUUUGCCGCAUUUUCUGUCGUAAUAGACAGUUUUUGGAGAGGCAUCAAUAAGUAAAUUGACUGGGGCCAAUUUUGUUUUCUUCAAUCAUAGUUCGA